AUGUCCGCAGUCCUCGACCCCAGCGGCUUUCCGCACAUCCUCGACAAUAUCCUCGGCCAUCUGCCCUGGAGCGCACUCCCGCCUCUCCGCGCCGUGUCCAAGGCCAUGGACACGCGUAUCAAGGCAGUCAUGUACCGCCACGUAGUGCUACACUUCCAGUGGGCCCCGGAAACGGACCAAACCGACAUCCCGGUGCUCCACAUCGUCGACCCCUACUACUUCCGCCCCCUCCCAGGCCUCAACUGUGAUUUUGACGGCUGGUCUGUCCACAUGGAGACCUUUAAGAACGACGACCACGUCGUUAGUGCUCUGCGCUUUUCCAUCCCCGACUCGACCAUCGUGCGCGUUUACCUCAACCAGACGGCUGGACUCGCCCCUCUACGCUUACGCUGGUUCUUCCCUAACCCCUUCCCCACUGGUGUCGCCAUCUACCCCACUCCCCUAGCUCCCCAAAUCCCCAGGAGCCGUGUCUUCCCUUCCCGGUUCGGCCUCGCCGCGGUCCAGAUUCACGGCGUUCCCAGCGACCCGAAUGCGCUCGUUAUCCUUGUCCGCAAGCCCGAGGACCUGACAGACACAUCUGUCUCCCCUCUUGAUCGGAACCGCAAUCAGCAGGACUUGAACGUUUUCAUGCAGGUAUUCGAAGGCCGGAGCUACACCUGGUGGACACACGUGAAGAUCCUCGUUGUCGACGAGAGCGACCGUACGCUCGCUCGAGGUCCCCUCCUCGGCAGCCUCAGGAACGACUACUGUCAAGCCAACUCUGUGACUGCCGACCAGGUCUUCGCCUUGACCAUUAGGCCCGGUACGCCGCUCCCCGCUCCUCGCUCCUGGACCGAUCUGCCUCGUCGCCCGUUGACUGCGUCGCUUGCGCCUAUCGACGAGGCGGAGGAAGAGGACGACAAGGAGGACAAGGAGUAUAAGGAGGACGAGAAGUAG